CCAGGUCCACAUUUAAAUGACCGCCUGCUAGGUAGCUAGUUAGCGUUAAUAGUUCAUUAUUUAAUUUACUGAUUUUUAGUUUAAUUAAGCUGCACAACUGAAGAUGCAUAGUGUUAUUUGUUUAUUAUUUUUAUGUUCUGUAUUAUUUCGCACAAUUUAUAGUGAUUUAACUGAAGAAUUAGAUAUUGAUGUUUUAAAUAAAAUUGAAACCUGUGAAAAGAAAUCGAAAAAAGGUGAUAUGCUGUCUAUGCAUUACAAGGGAACUCUUGAUGAUGGAACUGAGUUUGAUUCUAGUUAUGAAAGAAAUGAUCCCUUUAAGUUCCAGCUUGGAAUUGGGCAGGUUAUAAAAGGCUGGGAUCAAGGUUUGCUUGAUAUGUGUGUCGGAGAAAAACGUCGGCUUACUAUCCCUCCACAUUUAGGCUAUGGAGAUGCCGGUGCAGGUGAUCGAAUUCCACCAAAAGCAACACUGAUUUUUGAAGUUGAACUGCUUGAAAUUGAAGAUGGACCUGCUCCUGUAAAUGUUUUUAAGGAAAUCGACAUUGACAAUGAUAAACAGCUGUCACGAGAAGAGAUCAGUGAGUAUUUAAAGAAGCAGCUGCCCCAGGCUGAAGCAGCAGGUAUCAAAGAUAUGCCAGAGCAAGAUAAACUGGUAGAAGAUAUAUUCCAGCAUGAGGAUAAGGACAGAAAUGGUUUUAUAUCUCAUGAUGAAUUUAGUGGACCAAAGCACGAUGAAUUAUAAUUUGAGCACAUGCUGGAAUCAUUGUAAUAUUUAGUGUUUAUUGUGGAUGGUGGACAAAAUUUUUAUAUUAAAUAUUUUAAAUUUUAUAUUAAAUAAAUUAUUAAAUUUCCUAAGAAAUAAUGGUUCUGUCUGUCAAAGUGUUUGAUAUGUGAUAUUUAGAUCAUUUACUCUAAUUGGCUUAGUGACAUUUUUUUUAUAUACUUACCAGUUUUCUAUUUAUACAUUUUACAUCAGAUUUACUUUUCAUUUUAUUAAAGAUUCAUAUUUAUCAUUGAAAUUCAUUAUUUUCUCUUUUAAAGAUUAAUGCAUACAUAAAGCUGCAUAAUAAAAUCUUAUUUUGCACUAGGAUAUGUACAGCUGGUUCAUUUUCGGUUAGUCUGAAUUGUUAGUCUGAAACAGAAUUUUAUGAAGGCACACUUGGUGCAACUGCUUUUAUGCAAUUUUCAUUUCAAGAUUCUGUUUUAAAAUGUAUUUUAUAUUAAGAAUCAAAGUACAAAGGCACAGUGUUCAGCUGAAGAUCACAUGAAUUGUGGAAUAUUAUAGUUCAGUUCCCAUAAAAAAUCUCAACUUCUAAAAUACAUGUAUGUAAAACUUGUAGAUAGUGCUAUAUUUUUUUUCCUUUAAAGAUUGAUAUUUUUUAUAAACUUUAUUUCUUAUAGUCGGACUUGUUUUUCAGUUCUUGCCAUAAAACAUACAAAAUGUGCAUGAAUGCAUGAUAAAUUAUGCAAAUAGGGUAAAGUGAUUAAAAUUAUUCUUAAUCCCUCCUGCCUAAAAAAACUGUGAAGGUGGAAAGAAGUAUUAUAUUGAAAUUAUCUUCUGAAAGUUAAAGGGAUUUUAAUAUAAGUAAAACAAGCCAAAGUUGUUAUACUUUUAAUAUUGGUGUUUAUAAAUUUUAAUGACAUUUUUUGUUUUGUAAAUAAAUUUAUUUUAUAGAGUGAUGGAUUUAAGUCUUCAAAUUUUCAAUAUGCUUUUGAAUUUUUUUUUUUUUUUUCCCUACUAAGGAAAGGGGAGAGAUAUUGGUAACUCAGAGUUUUAAUUCUUAAAAAAAAAAAAAAAAAAAAAAGGUGCUAGCUUUUUAAGUUUCAACAAAUGUUUUGAUUUUUGAGUAGAGGUUUUAUGUUUUUAUAACAUUCCAUAUAUUUGAUAUUGGAAGUUUUUAUAAGAAAUUAAAUUAUUUUAAAGAACAUUCUUUAAGAAGUAAUAAAAUAUGUGAAAUUGGGGAAAAAAAAAAAAAAAAGCUGCAUGAAAACGCAAGUGCUGGAAAGGAUGUUAAAUUGUAUAACUGCAUGAAUUGCAUUUUAUAGGAAUUAAUGUUUCUGAAAUAUAUUUUUGUACUUCUGAUGUAUUUUGGUGCAUAAAUUUUAUGAAUGUUACAUAUGUAAUAAAAAUGCUGUUAUUUGAAAUUUUCCCAAGCAUUAAUUGUAAAGCAGGUCUUUACUGUUGAUCAAUAAAUUUUGAUAUAUAUUUCC